GGCGUGGUUUAAAUAAAAAUCUGUCAAAUCUAUUUGUCAUUUUUUAGUUAAUUGUGUUUAUUAUAUAUUUGUUGUGAUUGCCUUAAAUUUAUUUUAAAAUCUGUAUCGUCCUAAAGAAAUCCUGCAACACAUUUAUAGAAAAUGGAAACAUGGAAGUUUUGCAUUAUUACCGUUGUAGCCAUUUAUUAUAUUGGACAAGUAAACUUCGUCAACAGUUUGGAGUGCUAUGUUUGUUCCAAUCAGACAGGUAACACAGAGAAAUGUCUAAAUACGAUAAAAACUUGUGAACCAGGUGAGGAUGCUUGUGGUACUGAGAUCCGUUGGGGUAGCCAACCGUACUUCUCUCAGGGUGCACUAAAACAAUACUAUGUUUCUAAACGGUGUAUGACAAAGCAACAAUGCCAACAGCGACGUAAACGAUAUAUGCAAUACUGCACACAUAUUUGGUAUGAGGACUGGUGGUGUUAUGAGUGUUGUGUUGGUGAUCGUUGUAAUUAUUUUGUGAUUAGCGGGUCAACAAAACAAAAAAUAACUGCUAGAAUAUUAAUCGUCGGCUUAUUCUUAACUUCUCUCCAUGGCCUGUAUUCAUUGUUCCAAUGAAGAAUAUGUUGAAGAUAUACUAAGAACACCCAAGUGCCUCAAAGUUUUUACUUCUGCAAAGUAAAGAUUCGUAAGAAACGCAAAUUAAAAAAGCGUGCAACCCCAUUAGAAAGAAAGUACAUUAAUACUUUUAUUUAACUUAAAUCCAUACAAAAAAUCUCUGCAUUAUUGUGUUCGAAUAUUAUCCGUCCAAGUUUCACACUAAGCAUAAUGUUAUAAUUUGUUAUUAUAUUACUAUAUACAACAUGAACUCUUAUAAUUUUUACUUUUUUAACAUUGGAAUGUAUUCAUAUUUAGUUUGUUAGCUGCAAAGUUAAAGCCACAAGCAAAUGCAAUAUAUAUUCCAUAAUUUUUUAAAAAUAUUUGCACAUAAGUAUAAGGCAAGAUACAAAAUUAUGCUUUAAUUUGAGCGUGCACAAUUUUUUACACAUCAAUAAACUCUUGUAAAGUAAUACAUUUGUAUUCAAAAUUAUAAAGAAAAUAAUCAUAAUGCAUUUUUUACUUCUAUUUAUUAAGACUAACCAUUGAAUUAUGUAGUAUGCUUUUCUACCACAACCGACUACCAUUACAAAGUUUUUAUGGCUCCACUAAGCUUUGUAUCUUAUUUGCAUAGCACUCAAUCUGAUUUGUCAUUGGCUAUUAUAACUUGGGCUCGGUUGUCACGUACUGUUUGUACAUUUUCUUUCCCUAGCAUUAUUAUUGCUUUAUUUUCUGUUAGCAAAUAUUUUUUAAAUGACUGGAACAUUACUAAUUCAUACAUUGUAACAACUUUUGACGGUUUCUACAACAAUUGACGAGUGUUUGUGAAAAAUAGGUUUACUGACAUAUUUAUGUUUAUAUGUAAAGAAGAAGCAACGCGAUAAUCAGACUGACCGCCAAAUUGUUUACUUUUAAAAGGGUAAAUAAAAAAAAAAUACAGUAAAUGAAAUUAAAACAAUAUAGCAAUGCAAAGAGUAGCACUACAAUCAAUUUUAUGGUUGGCUUUUUAAGUAGUUUGUUGGCGUAACGCACAGCAAGCGGUUCUACUUAUGGAUAAAUUGGAGGCGCAGCCAUCAAGUAGCCGGAAGCGGCAGACGAACCUGGUCGGAAUGAAUGUGGACUACCAACUACAUGAAAAUAGUGAGUCGGGCAGCGUUAAGAAACGCAAACCUUUGGCCGUGAGAUGUAUACACGUGCUGGCGAAUGGAUUCGUAAACGCUGUUUAUGGAUUUCUCAAUUCGCGAUUGCUCAUAUAACAACCGGCAAGUAGCAGCAACCAUAGGUGACUAGGUAUCCGCUAAAACAACAACAAAAAUACAUAGUGCUGCUGUGCGUUGAUGUAUUUACCUGUAUUAUUUGUUCGUGCAAAUAAAUAAAUACAUGCGUAUGGAUCAAAUAUAGGUACUUCAUAAAAUUAUGUAGAAAUGUUUAAUACAAACUAUACUCAUUUUACCACAA